GAAUCGACUACUCACUGGUUUAGGUAUCGCCUCCCAAAUAGUUUUGAAUAUUCCUCCGCGUGGUAGUGUUUUCAACAUUGAAGGCUUUGCUAAAGAAGUGUGACGGAAUAAUCUCGAGCUCGAGACAGAUUAAAAUGAAACAAUAAGAGACACAAACUCACUAUUGAGAGCACAAAUAAGGUCUAUACGAACAGAAACAAAUGCAAGUGUAUAGAUCAAAAGACAGAAAUAUGUGUAAAAAGUACUAUUAGCUCUCGCUUCUGUUUAAAUAUCAAACAAAUCGAUGAUUUGCAUAAAACAAACAAACCGAGUCGCAGUCAAUGUAUAUCUAUGGACGAAAUCAAAUCGAUUUCACUGACAUAUGAUUAUUUCACAAGCUUCUACUCUGGAUGUAUAUAAGAAAUUACACAUGAUUUUUGGUGGCUUUUGGAGGAGGUAAGACGCGGAUAAAUAGAAUAUAUAGCAAGAUUGUUGGAGUUUAAUGUCUGAAACCGAACUGAUCAACUAAAUAUCAUCUUCAGAGCUAACAUUCAUCAUCUAAUAGAAUGUUAAUCAGAAGAGCAUUUGUCGGUACUUCUAGAGGCUUUAAUACCACAUCUAGACUAUUACAAUCACCAAAUCAGCAGAAAGAAGCUGAAAGGGAGGCUUAUCGUAAAGACCUCGAUCAACAAGUGAGAAGACAAGAAGAAGCAGCGAAGAACGCAAACGAUAGCCAUCCUACAUUGCCAUAUCUCCCAAGAGCACUCGGUGUUGUUGAGAAGCCUUCCUCUAGCGAAGAAAGCUGGACUGAACGCUCAAAGAAUUACUUUACGGAAGCCAAGUUAGAAGAGCGUAAACGAUUACUCUUAAAAGAAUCACGGAAUGCAUACUAUGCUGACUUGAAACUGAUACAAGAACAUGGCGGAAAGACUUGGAUAGCACCACCUUCACUCAUACAGCAUCAGCGUUCGCUUUACUUCCCUGACAUAAAAGGUACUCUUUUGAAAGAUGGCCGGACGAAAGCCCAUACGAGUGAUAUCCUCAAAGGUAAAAUAUCAUUAGUAUCCAUAAUGAGCACCCGUAUCGGUCAAGAACAUACCAAAUCCUGGUCUGAACCUAUCCUACAAGCUCAUGGAAGUAAUCCAGAUUUCCAAUUCGUGCAGAUAAACUCUCAAAGCAACCCACUCAAAAGCUGGCUCGUCAGUUUGACGUUAAAUAACCUCCGUCGUCAAGUCCCAGAGGAAUUACAAGAUACUUACUUACUGAGCUCACAGUCGCUCGAGACUGUUAGAGAACAUCUCGCGUUCGACAAUCAAUAUGCCGCUUAUGUCUAUCUUAUCGAUCAAGAUAUCAAAAUACGCUGGGCAGGCGCAGCCUUCGCCCAACAGAGGGAGAUAGAUGCUGGUAUUAAAUGCACAGGCGAGCUUCUUCAGCGAUUACACGGGAAGUAAACAAUACAUGCAUCCAUUAUAGAUUAGUUUUGUCUAGUUUCUUAGAUAUACUCCCUGAGUCUGAUU